GGCGCAUCGUCUUCCUGGUAGCAGGACGCAGCAACCACCAACCAACUUCGUCUGUGGUUCCCUCUCUAGCAGCCAACUACUUCUUCGAUUAGCCGUUCCCUCUCUAGCAGCCAACUUCCUCCAGGCUCCAGCGUCGUCUUCUCGGGUCACUCAGUCAGAUUCAAAAAUGGGGAAAACUGACCCAAAAAGUGAUACGGUUGUUGGAAGUACUUCUUCUCCAAGUGCAGCCAUUCCCGCUGCUAUUGACGAUGGUCUUUCUGGUGGAACAUCACAAAGUCCAGCUCCCCCACCGUUGCCCGCCUCAAAUCCUUCAUCGGAAACACAGACCGAAGCUGCUGGAACUACUGGCGAGCCUCUAAAAGAGGUAAAACGUAAACCCAGUAGGGCACCUAGUAGUGUUUGGGCUCACUUUUCUAAAACUUCUCCUAAUGAAGCCUGCUGCAACUAUUGUAAAAAAAAUAUGCAUGCAAUAGUUCUAGUCAUGGUACAACAAACUUGCAUAAACAUUUAAGGAUUUGUACUAAAAACCCUCAAAAGCAAGUUGAAAAGGGGCAGAAAACUAUUGCACUUGGGAGCCAAUUUGAGGAUGACCCUAAUGCAGUUACUAUGAAGCUUGUUGAUUUUAAUCAAGAGGAAACUCGUCUUGCUCUUGCAAAUAUGAUAAUUGUUGAUGAACUUCCUUUUAAAUUUGUUGAGGCUCAAGGCUUUAGACA